UUCUUGGAGCCCUGUGUUACAAAUGUACAGGUGCACUCGCUUUUUGGGUUGAACAAGGCAAGUGAAAGGAAAGGCCAUUGAAAAGAUAGCAAAGUGGGUCUUUUAAAGCGAAAUAAUGGCCGAGAACAUGUCAGAAAAAAUCAAGGGUGUUAUUUCGGGACUUUUAUUUACAGUUAUACUGUAUUUAUCUUCAUUCUUUGGAGUUGUUUAUUUAGCCGGGCCACUUCUUCCUUUGAUGUUUCUCAAUGGAAGAAUGUUUCGGAAAAUGUUUGACUACGCGCUCCACACAUGGCUAAUUCUUCCAGGAGCUCUUAUGGAACUAUUCUUUGGAACCAAAAUUUUGAUUAAAGGGGACAAAGUGCCAAAAGAUGAAGCCACUCUAAUUAUAAUGAAUCAUAGAUGUCGUCUAGACUGGAUGUUCUACUUUAUGGUACUAUUGAGAAAUGGAAACCUAAGAAAUGAGAAAAUCAUUCUGAGAGGGGACCUCAAACUACUUCCAGGGCCAGGAUGGGCAAUGCAAAAUGCAAUGUUUCUCUUUCUGAAACGAAGGUGGGAGCAAGAUAAAGACUAUCUGAAAGCCAUAUUUAAUUACUUUCUUGACACUAAUUUCCCACUGCAGCUGCUAAUUUUCCCAGAAGGUACAAAUUUCUGUCGAGAGGGUAAAAGCAAGAGUGAUGCAUUUGCUCUAAAGAACGAUUUGCCUUUUUAUGAAUAUGUUCUUCAUCCACGUGUUCGCGGUUUUAAUUUUAUUAUACAGAAACUGCGCGACAAAACGCUUAAAGCUGUGCACGAUGUUACUAUUGGCUACAAAAAUGGUUUUUGUUAUGGGGAACUCGACUUGCUGCGCGGCAAAUUCCCUGGCGAGAUACAUGUUUACAUCACUCGCUAUGACAUCAACUUGUUACCACGUGACUCUGACUCGCUUGAUAAUUGGUGUGUUCAAAGGUGGUCUGAGAAGGAAAAAAGGCUAGAGAAAUUUUACAAAGAUGGAGAAUUUACAGAGCACAACUCAAUAUCAGAAAGCGACCGCGUUGAAACAGAAGCAGCCACGGUGAGAAAGAUGCAGCUUGUGGUACUGUUUUGGUUUGGUUUUCUGUUUUUUGUUUUUUAUGCGAUAUAUCAUUAUUGGGCAUUUAGAAUGUUUGGCAUUUUCGUGACAGGAUUUCACAUAUUUGCCCUUGUCUACUACGGUGGGACUGAUUUGCUGCAGAUCCAGUUGCAUGAAGCAAGUAAACAAGAAAAACAUGACUAAUAAAUGUCAAGUAGACGUACACUGUACUUUAGAUAGAGUUAUUUCAAUUAAUUUGUAUGCUCAUUUAUAUCAUAUGCUCUGUGUAUAGACAGACUGAUUAAUUAUCUUGACAUUAAAUCCUUAUUGAUUCUUCAUCUACACUAGAUUCUAAUUAGUUUAAUCCGGAUGAAAUCUGUCCCGAAUAAGGCCUUGCGUUUACACUAAAUUUGGUUAUGCGGACAAAUUUUAUCCAUUUAUAACGUGAGUUCUCAACAAAAUUUUUGCACGUGCAGAAAAUAGAGGGUACCCAAUAUGUUUUGGGGGGAAGCGGGAAUCGACAUUGUUUGGAGUCGGGAAUCGGGAAUAAGCAAAUUUUUGAGAGCGGCAUUCGGGAAUGGGUAACACUGGGAAUUGAUGGUUGGGAAUCAGGGUAAUAAUGUAGCGGGAAUCAAGGAGCCUACUGGGUACCCUCAAAGAUGAUACGAAUUCUUGUAAUGUAAACGGCUUAUCCGAAAACAAUUUAUCCACUUUAAACUCGAGGCGAAUUUGGACCUGAUUAAAAAGAGGCGAGGCGUGGCCUGAUUGUUGAUCCCCUUGUUGCACAGUUGUUUGCGCAUACCCAAGACUGGUCCAGUUUAAAGGUCUGUAAACACUAGCCAAAAAUUGAUAAAAUUUGAUUGGUUGUAUACAGGACAACAUUUAUUCUAAACAAUUUUAUACAGCACAAAGAAAACGGUUGUAUACCAGCUCUACUCACAUUUACCGUCUACUUGAACGGGCAGGGGAGCAGCGAUACGUUGAUAUUAUUAGUUGUAUAGGAAGAGUGGAUUCCCAAGAACAGAUGCUUCGGUUGAUCAAAGAAAGAACAUAUUCUGCAAGGAUUGCCUUAUAAAAAGAUUUUAUAUAUGUUACAACCAUGAAAACAAAAUGAUGCAAACAAGGAUGUCGAGAACCAACAACUCAGAUCCCGAGGUAAAGCCUACGCCCCCCCCCCUCCCCCUGAAGCCCGUCAAUAGAGGUAUUCUAAUACUUGUAAAUCUUCAAACACUACACGUAACACUUAUGAUGCCUAUCAAAGUCCUUCACUGCACAAGACGUUUGCAAAUUGUCAAUAGAACCCCCUCUUCCUUUUGAAACGACGUUGCUCUAUAUGAUUGUCUCAAGAAGGUUGUCCAAAACUCCCUUUCAGAUUUGUGUGACUUUGAGGGAUAGGUGCAACGCUGUAGCAAUAGAGUGUUCGCAAGCAUUUUUGCAGGGAUUGUCUCAACUUCGAUGGAACUUUUCUCUUUACAAACAUUUGCUACCGUUUUUUUUCUUGAGUUGUUAUCGAUUCUUGAAAUUUCAUUUCUUUUUGUAAUCAAAGAAUUUUGUUAGCUCCAGAAACUAUAUAAUCUGUUGCCUGCAAUUUCAAGUGAUUUCUUAAUUACGUCUCACUGCCUUUUGAACCAUAUCUUUUUCCAGUAUCUGCGUAUUGUAAUUGUUAAAAUGACAUAAUUUGUAUAGCAGUAGUUGAAGUCUGUUGACUUUUCGUUUUAGCCUAUUGGUCGUUGUAUAUUUGUAGACCUUUUUAUUCAAAUACUAAAAUUACCUCUAUAUUCAGAA